CCCCGCUACCCCGUAUCGGGGGCCCUCAACAGCAGCUAUUCACAGAUCAGGUUCUUUGACUCGAUCACUUGCAUAGUCACGUUGUACCACGUCGUCACGGGACGACACUAGAUCACUGCGCCCGUCAAGAUGAGGGUGCCAUAUGCCUGGCUGCAGGGAUGUAGAGUUGAGCUUGGAUCCAUAAAUAAAGUCCAUCGCAGGGUAUUUAGUACUUCCUACCCCUCUUUUGGCAAUGCCUCAAGUUCGGUUGCUGUCCCUGGUACGCCAUACUCUGAACUUACGGUUGGGAUCCCGAAGGAAGUAUUCCCCAAUGAACGACGGGUUGCCAUCACGCCUGCCGGCGUCGCAACCCUCCUGAAGAAGGGCUUCAAGCAAGUCUAUGUAUCGCCCGACGCCGGAGCCGAGGCUUCCUUCAGAGAUGAGGAUUAUAUCGCUGCUGGAGCCAAGAUCGGUAGCGAUCCCUACAGCGCAGAUAUCGUGCUCAAGGUUCGACCUCCCAACGUGGAGAGCGGAGAACUAGAUGCGAUGAAGGAGGGCUCAACCCUGAUCUCGUUCCUGUACCCUGCUCAGAAUCCCACCAUUGUCGAGGAGCUCAAGAAGAGAGGCAUCACGUCCUUUGGAAUGGACUGUAUACCUCGAAUCUCUCGUGCUCAGGUCUAUGAUGCUCUUUCGUCCAUGGCAAAUACCGCCGGUUACCGGGCCGUGUUGGAGGCGUCCAAUGCUUUCCCUCGUUUCCUCACUGGUCAAGUCACUGCAGCUGGUAAGAUCCCGCCUGGCAAAGUCCUCGUCAUCGGAGGUGGUGUUGCUGGGCUCAGUGCCAUUACGACUGCGAAACGGAUGGGAGCCAUCGUCAGAGGGUUCGACACGAGACCAGUAGUUAAGGAACAGGUCGAGAGUCUGGGAGCAGAAUUCUUGACAGUGGACAUUCAGGAAGACGGAUCAGGUCAAGGAGGAUAUGCGAAAGAAAUGAGCAAAGCUUUCAUCGACGCGGAGAUGGCGCUCUUCAAGCAACAGGCAAGAGAAGUCGACAUCAUUAUCACCACCGCUCUGAUUCCUGGCAAACCGGCUCCAAAACUCAUCCUCAAAGAGGCCGUCGAUGUCAUGAAACCCGGUUCGGUCAUUGUCGAUCUCGCUGGUGAAGCUGGAGGCAACUGUGAAUUGACACAGCCAGGCGAGAAGAUCGUCUACAACGGAGUCACUAUCAUCGGUUACACUGAUCUCCCUUCGAGGCUCCCCACCCAGUCCAGUACGCUCUACUCGAACAACAUUACAAAGUUCCUCUUGUCCAUUGGCGAGAAGUCGUCAUAUAACAUCAACCUCGAGGAUGAAGUGGUCCGCCGAUCAAUCAUCACCCAGAACCAUCAAGUCUUAUGGCCAGCGCCCGCUGCUCCUCCGCCCGCCGUCGCGGCUGCGCCUGCGAAACCACCACCAAUCGCUGAAGCAAAGCCGAUCACCGCGUUGACGCCUUGGCAAGAGACCGUCCGAUCCGUUUCGCUUUUGACCACCGGUGUUGGUGCCUCGCUGGUCGUAGGAAAGCUUACCACGCCUGGAUUUAUGAACCUCUUCACCACGCUCGGAUUGGCAGGUAUUGUCGGCUUCCGAGCUGUAUGGAGUGUGACUCCAGCCCUACAUUCGCCGUUGAUGUCCGUCACCAAUGCCCUGUCUGGACUGGUCGGAGUAGGCGGUUUGUUCGUAAUGGGCGGUGGAUUUGUCCCCCAGACCCUUCCUCAAUUCCUCGGUGCAGCUAGUGUCUUCCUUGCCAAUUUGAACAUAUUUGGCGGAUUUCUGAUCACAAAGCGCAUGCUGGAUCUAUUCAAACGACCUACGGACCCGCCAGAGUACUCGUGGCUCUACGCUAUCCCUGCUGCCGUCUUUGGUGGAGGUUUCGUCUACGCGUCAUCCACCGGUCUCGACGGUCUAGUCCAGGCUGGAUACUUCCUAAGCACCCUCCUUUCCAUCGGAGCUCUCACCGGACUCUCCUCGCAGUCGACUGCGCGAGUCGGCAAUGCCUUGGGGAUGCUUGGUGUCCUCAUUGGUGUUGUAGCGAGUCUAUUCGCUGUCGGGUUCGAUAAGGAAACCGUGGCACAGGCACUCGCCUUGACCGCCGCGGGAGGAGUUCUGGGACUGGCAAUUGGACGACGCGUCAGUCCUAUGCAGCUACCUCAGACUGUCGCGGCUUUGCACAGCGUUGUGGGUCUCGCGGCUGUUAUGACUUCCGCGGGUAGCGUUCUCGGACACGGUGCUGCUUCUGUCGGGGCAUUGCAUCUCGUCAUGUCGUAUCUUGGUGUAUUGAUCGGCGGUGUCACAUUCACAGGCUCGAUCGUCGCGUACAUGAAGCUCGCCGGUCGGAUGGCGUCAAAGCCAAAGGUCUUACCGGGGAGACACUUCAUCAACGGCGGUCUUUUGACCGCCAAUGUUGCUACCAUGGGGGCCUUCCUCACCAUGGCACCCACGGCCCCCGCCAUCGCAGCUGCAUGUCUGGCAGGUAAUACCGCAUUAUCAUUCCUGAAAGGUUGGACGACUUCGGCGGCGAUUGGAGGGGCCGACAUGCCCGUCUUGGUCACGGUCCUGAACGCAUACUCUGGUUUCGCGCUCGUCGCGGAAGGAUUCAUGUUGGACAAUGGAUUACUCGUCAGCGUUGGAAGUCUCAUCGGAGCUUCGGGUAGCAUCCUGUCGUACAUCAUGUGCCGCGCCAUGAAUCGAUCUCUGACCAACGUAAUCUUUGGUGGCAUAGCCCCGGCAGCGGCGUCCGAAGACAAGACGAAAGGAUUAACGGUGACCCAGACCAAUGUUGAUGAAGCAGUGGAGAUGCUCAACAAUGCGGAGAGCGUGAUAAUUGUACCUGGAUAUGGUAUGGCCGUGGCCAAGGCGCAAUACGCAAUCAGCGAAAUGGUAAAAACGCUCCAGGCUCGAGGCAUAAAGUGCCGUUUCGGAAUCCAUCCCGUUGCAGGGCGCAUGCCUGGACAAUGCAACAUUCUCUUGGCAGAAUCCGGUGUCCCAUACGACGUUGUCCUUGAGAUGGACGAGAUCAACGACGACUUUGCCGAGACUGAUCUGACCUUGGUCAUCGGCGCCAACGAUACGGUGAAUCCAAUCGCCUUGGAGCCUGGCUCGCCCAUCGCAGGCAUGCCGGUGCUCAAUGUGUGGAAGAGCAAAAAUGUCAUCGUGAUGAAACGAGGUCUGGCAGCUGGCUAUGCAGAUAUACCAAACCCUCUCUUCUACAAUGAUAAUACAAAGAUGCUAUUCGGAGAUGCCAAGAACGUCUGCGAAGCCCUAAGUCAAGGUCUAGCAGCGACGAAAUCAGAAGGACGUUGAGUGUCGCGGCAGACUGCAUUCGGACGCGAGUUGUUUCAUCAGAAAAGAGAUU